AUGAAGAAGGAACGGAAGACGUACGCGGAGGUGGAGUCAAGAUAUCCCAAGCUGACUAACCGAUUCGAGAUACUGGAUGUAGACGAGGAAUACCCAGAGUUGGAGACAGGGGCCAACGAGAGUUCAACAGGCGAAACUAAUACCGAAGCUAUUAACGACCUUAAAAAGCUCUUUCAAUGGCUAGAACUUCAGGAAGGAGAAAUAAUAGUAGGUGCUGACGUGAAUGCACAUCAUGCCAGUUGGAGCCCCGAGUACCCGGAAUGUCAGAGAGGUAGAACUUUUCACAGUCUAGUGACUGACUCGAACCUGAUAAUGCUCAAUGACGGUUCGGCCACAAUGAACUCCCCUCCAGGGACUAGAGAAUCAGCGAUAGACGUAACGUUAGCCACAGCGGGAGUAGUUAAGAAGGUGACAUGGGAAGUCGUGCCAGAAGAAUUCGGGAGUGCUCAUUUGACCAUCAGCCUAGAGAUGGGAAAGGAAAAUCCAGUGGUGUACGGAACUUCGAAGAAGAUAAAUAAAGACAAAGCAAUAAGAUUGCUCAACGCGAACCGGCCUCAGUACAUCUACGACCCGGAAGAAAUGCAGGAUAUCUUCGACGAAGCACUGGAGGAGGCAUCAUAUGUAAUCAGCAACAAGAAGAACAAUUAUUUAAAGAAGUUUUGGAACAAGGACAUCGACGACCUGUACAACACCAAGAGAGAGGCGCUGCGCAUGUACAAUCGGGACAGAUCAAGAACAAAUUUCAUCGAGUUACAACGAAGGAGGGCGAUGUUUAAGAAGGCGUUAAGAAAAGAAAAUAGAGCAUAUGUGAAGGAACUGAAGGAGAAGAUCGACGAAAAUUCCCCGGCAAGACAGCUGUGGAACAUUGUGAAGGGUGUCGACACUGGGUUGUCAGGAGGAAAAAAGAAAGUCAUCGUAGCCAGCCGAGAGUUAGGAAGGGAGCUGAUGGACUACUUCUUCCCUAACACGCCUAGUGAGGUUUUCUGCCCAACUGCGUCAACAGCGAAAUAUCUGGAAGGUUUCGAAAACGCAUUGAAGGACUAUGAAAUCUUGCAAUACAACCACAAAAAAAAAAAAAAAAAAAACGCUAUCUAUAUAUAG